AUGAGCUCUCCUUUUACCCCAAGAAACUAUGACCGUAAGUGUCAAAUCCAGAUUACGGAGAAGGCUCAGCGCUAUAUAAAUUUGCUAGACACGGCGAGAUGCAAUCAAAACUGGCAUGAAGUACCUGGUUUGGUCCGAAAGAUCGUUAAGCAUGCCCCUGGACGGAGAUGUUUAAUUCAAACUGCACAGGCAGAAGCUCAGAUAGUAGAGUACUGCAGAAAACGAACCUCGAUAGGCAGUGCCGCGAACGAGCAGAGUGCCAAUAACCUCCGAGAAUGCAUACCAGGACUUCAGUCUGUACAAGACGACGAGCAGAAUACACCCCAAGAUACCUUCCAGGCGCAAGUUUGUUUAGCAUGGUUGUUCUGGGAAUUGUCUGACCCGGAUGAAGCGACGGCAAGCCUACCUAGGAAUUUUGAGUCCACUGUACAGGCUUUAACUAGCAGUGAGCAACCGUUGUCGCCAUGGACAGAAGUGUGUAUUGUGCAAGGAGGCUAUCUGAAAGGUGCCGCGGAGGAACUGUCAUCAGGGAAAGAAAAUGCACUGCAGACAUUCAAAUCAACAUUUUCGUGGGCUGCCACUCCUGCAUCCGCCCACGCCUCUAACCCUCAGCUUUUGUUCUGGUCAGAACAGUACCUGGCAAGGGCCUCGAUGUUAGCCUACGAAUUGUUCAUAUCAAAAUCACCAAAUUAUGAUGAGGCCAACCUCGAAUUUGGGUUACGAUCUCUUCGACUUUGGGCCUCCCAUCCAGAUAUAAAAGGCAAUGACCCUGCAAUAGCCGCAGAUAUUACUCCAACAAAUUCAAGUUCCAAGACUUCGCUAUGGCGGGCGUACUAUGACCUUCUCUCAAUAAUCUUACAAAACGAACUCCAAUACCCACCCAUGUCAGACGCACCAAAACGAGUACAGCUCUCAGCGGAGUUUCGAAGAAUAGAGGCAACUUGCGAAAACGUUCUCCUAAGGCACUCUAAAUUUCCAAAGGCCAAUGUUGCUAACCAAGAAGUCGAGUUAUGGGUGAAGCAAGUCAUUCGCAAUUGGAAAGUAUUCUGUGGCGAGGAAUGGCGUGAUGAUGAUUUUGGAGAAGGAGGGCAAGGUGCAAUCUCCCGAAAUGUUUUGGACAUACUAUAUCGCGCUGCAACCAAAACAUUCCAUUCUACAUUAAUUCUUAGGGAAUUAUUUCACGUACAUGCCGCUUUGGCAGAGUUUGACCUGGCCCUCCAUGCUUUGGAUACAUAUAUCCAUUUAGUAAAAGAUGCAAAGGAAAGGUCUGAACAUUCUAGUCAUAUGAGGGAGGUUGAAAACCCUGAACUUUUCAUAUAUACGCUGUCAGAGGGAUUGAUUAUGCUUUGUUGCUUUGGAUCCCGAAAAGAGGCAGAGAAAAUUAAGGAACUCACUGACUUAUUAGAUGAGGCACUGAGUGAACAAAUACAAUCAAAUGGCCAUGGCCCAGCUCAUACCAACGCCCGUUAUGGUGAAACUAGGAUAUCUGUUCAAGGGACCUCCUUUGCCUAUCGAGCUAUGGGCAUUGGACUAGCUACAUGGGCUAGAUGGACUCCUAUUAGCGAAUCCAGGGCAGAACUUCAAGCGAAUGCCAUCUGUGCCCUGGAGAAGGCUUUAGUGACAGAACAUGAACCUAACCCGGCCACGGUAUUUGCUCUUGCUAUGCUACGUGCAGAAACAAGGGAUCUGGAUGGCGCCAUUGACCUUGUUCGUGCGGCGCUAAGCUCGUCAAACACUGAAGACGGCGCAGACCAAGUGGACACUCGUUCAGUAAUUAACCAUGGGGGGAGAGAUAUCGUUCCGUUAUGGCAUUUGCUUGCCCUUCUACUUAGCUCGAAGGAGGACUUUAAAACCGCAGCCAAUGCCUGUGAUGUUGUAUUCGAGAUGGUCUCAACAGAAAAACUGCUCCAUAAGCAAAGUACUCUUCGGCAUCUUCGUAACUCAAAUGGAAAAGACGAGGCCACACAACCGAUAGCUCUUGCUGGCGAAGGACAACACUCCAGGUUUCCAGAUAUAGAAACACGUGAAAGGGAGAGCAUGGUCGAGCUACGUAUGACGCAGCUUACACUCGUGGAUGUUGUCCGCGGCCCAGAGGCCGCCCUGAAUUAUAGCGAUGAACUGAUAGGGCUAUUUGGCCAACUUUUUGCUGGUGUUGGACUAGCAGAUAUUGAAGUUAAAGACAACUCAAAUCAUCUAACUCCCCCAAAAACUGCAUCUGGGACCAUUAGAACUGGACGGGGGAGUAUCUUUGGCCGGAAGAAAUCUCAGAGACCGCCAGUGGACCAAGAGGGUGCGGUACGUAAUGAGACUGGCACAACACCCGGAAUCACGUCAACGAUACCUGAUAAAGAAUUAACUGCUGCUACACCAGCCAUCCAAGUUACAACUGAUGAACAAGGAUCUCCCUCAGUGCAGCCUCGCGGCCGGUCUCGCCAGGGCUCCCUGCUGCGAAAAGAUGGAAAACUUUUACAGAAGAUUCACCGUCUUGAAGGAAGCAAUUCCAAAACCCUCGAAAAGGACUUGGUCUAUCCAAAUGAGCAGAAUGACUCUGCUAGGCAAACCUUACCACCCGUUCCUCAUAAUAUGAAACAUACAGACGAACCAGCUCCUGCUGGGCACCCGAACCAGCCACCAAUACAGGACAUUAGGAUGCCUACAAACUGUCAAUCUAGCUCACUCAAUAAAGCACUAACUAGGUUUCCAAGAGUCCAGGAGCAGAAACAUUCCCUUUGCCUCCUUGUCAAGGUAUGGCUGUUUAUUUCCGACCUUUACCGGAAGGCCCUGUUGUUUGAAGACGCAAUGGAAGCUUGUAACGAGGCAUCUACGCAUGCUAGCCGUAUAGAAGGACUCAUUGCAACACAGGAAUCUUCUGCAAGGGCUUUCGCUGAUGAGGGAUGGGGUGGCACCAAGUCUCCAGAUGAGAUCUGGGGUGAUAUUUAUGCGGAGCGCGGGUACAUCACUCAGGCACAAUCCAAGCCGUAUGAUGCCAUCAAGCACUUUGAAGAAGCACUUACGCAUUAUCCGGACCAUCCACGAGCCACGGUUGGCUUGGCUACACUGCUUCUUGACAUUCACGACCAGACCUUACCGGCAGAAGAACCUGCUCCACCACCUUUACCUGAUAUUUCAAACAUCUCUCUCCAUUCGCCUUCACGUCAGCAAGGGCUGGCAACAGAUACCCUGGGCACAAUAGACGCUAAAGACACUUCUACAGCCACAUUACCUAACGACACGCCUGAGUCGCUUAAUCGUCUUGCUGCCAGAGACAGGGCCUAUGGACUACUCUCUGCCCUAACAAAGCUUGGCACUGCAUGGGAUAACUCAGAAGCGUGGUUUGCAUUGUCUAGAGCGUAUGAACAAGGGGGCCAGAUCGAAAAGGCAAAGGAGGUACUGUGGUGGUGUAUUGAUCUCGAGAACGGCCGGCCAGUUCGACAUUGGUGGAACGCUGGGUCUGGUGGUUAUGUGCUUUGA